AGCAUUUAUAGUAGAGGCAAGCAGCUGCAGAAUUUGCAGUGUGUUAGUCCUUAAUCCUUAUUCCUACUUCCACUGUUAUACUAAUACAUUUAUUUAUAGACAUCCCGCGAGCAAAACGCAAAAUUACGAGUCACUGAACAACACAAAAGUCCUUUUCCAAAAUUCUUAAUUCACCAAUAAUAAAAAAGGGAAAUAAACCCAGCCGUUAAUGUUUUUCCUCAAUAAGGAAACUCCACCAACAAAAUUCAAACGCGCCCCUCACUCUCACUCCCCAUGCCGACGCCCGUGGCAGCCGCGCGCCAAUGCCUAACUCCCGACGCCGCGCGCGCCCUCGACGAGGCCGUCUCCGUCGCCCGCCGCCGGGGCCACGCCCAAACCACGUCGCUCCACGCCGUCUCCGCCCUCCUCUCCCUCCCAUCCUCACCCCUCCUCCGCGACGCCUGCUCCCGCGCCAGAAACUGCGCGUAUUCCCCACGCCUCCAGUUCAAGGCCCUGGACCUCUGCCUCUCCGUCUCCCUCGACCGCGCCCCCUCCUCCCACAACCACUCCUCCGCCGACCACGACCCUCCCGUCUCAAACUCCCUCAUGGCCGCCAUAAAACGCUCUCAGGCCAACCAGCGGCGCCACCCUGACAACUUCCACUUCUCCCAAGGGUCUUACUCACCAUUAGAUCGGGGUUGCCAGAAGCAACAGCAACAGCAACAGCCGUUUUCUGUUUCCUCUGUCAAAGUAGAGCUUCAGCAUUUGAUCUUGUCAAUCCUAGACGACCCGGUUGUCAGUCGCGUUUUCGCCGAAGCCGGUUUCCGGAGCUCCGAUAUCAAACUCGCCAUCCUCCGCCCUCUCCGCCCCCGCGGCUCGCCGAUUUUCCUCUGCAAUUUAUCCGAGUCGCCGCGCCGCUUCCCGUUCUUCUUCGGCUGUGGUGACGAGGACGGCGGCGGAGAGAAUUUCCGGCGAAUCGGGGAGGUUCUGGUGCGGAGCCGGGGGAAGAAUCCGCUGCUUCUCGGCGCGUGCGCGAACGACGCUCUGCGUGGCUUUGCCGAGGCGGUGGAGAAACGGAGAGAAGGGGCUUUGCCGGUGGAGUUGCUGGGGCUGCGCGUGGUUUGCAUUGCGGAGGAGGUGGCGGGUGGGGAUGCGGAGGUGGUGGGGAGGCGCGUGAGGGAGAUUGGGAAUUUGGCGGAGCAGUGUGUGGGGCCCGGUGUUGUGGUGAGCUUCGGGGACUUGAAGGGUUUUGUGAGCGAUGAAGAAGGUGAGGGUCUGAAGAGUGUGGUUGGAGAAUUAGCGAAGUUGUUGCAGGUUCAUUAUGAUAAGUUUUGGUUGAUUGGUGCUGCGGCUACUUACGAGAGUUACUUGAAAUUCGUGGGGAAGUUUCCUUCUAUAGAGAAAGACUGGGAUUUGCAGCUUCUGCCUAUUACCUCUGUUAAGCCUCCUUCUGAAUCCUAUCACCGUCCCAGGUCCAGCUUAAUGGAUUCAUUUGUACCGUUUGGUGGCUUUUUUUCGUCACAGUCUGAUUUGAAAGCUCCACUGAAUAGCUCGUUUUAUUGUGUUCCCCACUGUCACCAGUGUGGGGAAAGGUGUGAACAUGAAGUCCUUGCUGCUUCCAAGGAAAGGUUUUGUGCUUCUUCAGCUGCUGAUCCGCAUCAAUCUAGCUUGCCUCCUUGGUUGCAGAUUGCAGAAUUUGGCUCAACAAAAGGGUUGAAUGUUAAGACCAAAGAUAAUGGUGUUUUGCUCGAUAGUAGUGAAUCUGGGCCACUCCAUAAGAACUUAGACAAGUUAUCCCAGCAUCUGCUCCAUCGAGAUGCAAAUACUUUUCCGACUGUUGUGGGGUUUCAUUGUGGUGCUGAAAAGAAGAAGGAAGACGUUGACAAUUGCCGCAGCAAAUCACCUAGUGAAUACAUCAAUCUCAACUCCCAUGUACCUGUUGGCAUGCAAAUGAUGCCUACAUCACAAUCAAGUAGUCCUUUUCCUGCAGUUUUCAAGGCAAAGCAGGAGAAAUAUAAUUCAAAACUUGCUGAGAUGUUCCAGAAAGUGGAAGAUCACGAUUCAGGUGACCGAAGAUCAUGCAACAUGUCCAAUUCAAGUGUAUGUGAUGGCAGUCAAAUGUCUCCCACAUCUGUAACUUCUGUAACCACAGAUCUUGGGUUAGGAAUAUGCUCUUCUCCUACCUGCAAUAAAUUGAAGAAACCUGCUGUUCAAUAUACAAUGGAGCCUCCAAAGGAAAUCCCAAGUCGAUUUUCUCCAAACAAUAAUGUGGCUGAUGGGAAUAUGUUGAAGCAUCCAUCACAGUCUUCAUCCUGCUUAAGUUUUGACUAUUGUGGACAAGUUGAUGCAAAAAAUCCCAAAAUUCUUUUUGAAGCUCUUUCCAAGGAGGUAUGCUGGCAAGAUGAAGCUUUACGGGCUAUCGUCAAAACAAUUGUUUGCAGCCCUACAAAGAGGGUUAAACACCGUGGACCAAAUCAGCCUGGGGACAUCUGGAUGAAUUUUGUUGGACAUGAUAGACUUGGUAAAAAGAAAAUUGCUGUUUCUCUAGCUGAGCUAUUAUACGGUAGCCGGGAGAGCUUUAUUUUUGUGGAUCUAAGUUCUGAAGAAAUGAAAGGAUGCAAUGUGAAAUUCAGAGGGAAGACUACCCUUGAUUUUAUUGUAGGGGAGUGUUGCAAGAAACCCUUGUCCGUGGUUUUCCUUGAAAAUGUAGACAAGGCAGAUAUUCUAGCUCAAAAUAGUUUGUGUCAAGCCAUCAAGACAGGAAAAAUUACAGACUCGCAUGGACGAGAAGUUAGUGUAAACAAUACAAUGUUUGUUUUUUCUUUCUCAGAUAACCAAAACAGUUCGAUGCCAAGAGGGGAACCUUCUAACUAUUCUGAGGAGAGAAUACUGAGGGCAAAAGGGGGAGGUAUCAAGAUAAAAGUUGAACAUGUGAUUGGAGACAUCAGAAGCCAAAGCAUCAGUCUAACAAACAAUUCAAUAGAUGCCAUUCCUAAUCUAAAUUUCCUAAGCAAACGAAAGUUGAUUGGUGACAAUGAAUUUCAUGAUCCGCAUUUACUCUCUGAUACAGCUAAAAGGGCACAUACAACAUCAAAUUGGCUGUUAGAUUUGAAUCUCCCAGCAGAAGAGAAUGAACAGAAACAAACAAAUGAUGGAAACUCUGAUCAUGUUGUCUUGACUGAGAAUCAAAAGCUUUGGUUGCAAGAUUUGUGUGAUCUGGUUGAUGAAACAGUUGUUUUUAAACCUUAUGAUUUUGAUGCUCUUGCAGAUAGAGUGUUGAAAGUGAUCAGAAGUAACUUCAACAAAAUUCUCGGAUCCAAGUGUGCAUUGCAGAUCCAGACAGAAGUCAUGGACCAAUUUCUUGCAGCUCAAUAUGUCUCAGACCGGGAUACGGAGGUGGAGAACUGGGUGGAGGAAGUUCUAUGUGAAGGAUUUACAGAAAUACAGAGAAGGUACAACCUCACUGCUAGUUCUAUUGUAAAACUUGCUACGUGUCCUGAGCAAGCUGCUGGUGUACACCUUCCCUCAAGGAUAAUUUUAGAUUGAAUUCAAACCAGCAAAUGUUCUAUUUUCUGUAUGGAUGUAUAAUUUAGCUGUAGCAUAUAGUGAAACUAAUUUAGCCUUCAAUCCUAUUAUUUUGUUGGGUUUGUUUGUCUAGGUUUUAACUGUGUAUAAUAUGUAAUCUGCAGCUAGUGCUUUGUGUGAUUAUCCCGUGCAAGUUUAAAUCAAAUGCCUUCUUUGUUUCUUUUUUC